CCUUGCUUAUACAACGUUGUCCCUCGACAAAUCCAAAUCAAAAUCUUCCAUUGUUUUUUUCCCUCCAUUCAGAUCAAAAUCAAAGUGAAAGAAACAAAGCUUCUGUCAACUAUAGAUUGAAGAUUCUGAACAAAGAAAUUAAGAAAGAAUAUAAACAAGCUAUCGUUGUGCCAAAUCCUGGCUGUCCGUUCAAUUUCAACAACUGCUAUCCUCCUAUUGUCCGUUUUUGGGGUUUGAAUUUUGAGUUGUUUGAUGGUACGUAUCAGAAAUUAAGGAAGCAAGGAAUGGCAACAGUGAAGGGAAAGGAAGGGUCGCUGAUUUUGACGUCCGGUGCCAGCGGACGCAUCAGGGCAUUGUUAUCCCUCCGUGCCUUAAGGAACCUGCUUGUGCUCCUCAACGCCCUCGUUUUGCUCCUUCUCUCCCCAUUCCGCAAAGGUUCGGUGGUGCGAGUGGCUUUGAAGAGCACUUCCACUUCCACUGCCAGGACUAGGAGGGCCUUGGCCAUACGGAGAGUGUUAGAGGACGACGAUGCUACUAUUCUGAGGCACUACUUCCUCUUCCGAACCAAAAGGGGUCAUACCAUUUUCACCCAGUCUUGGAUUCCGCUCUCUCGUAAUUUCAGGGGAGUUGUUCUUCUUAUGCAUGGACUUAAUGAACACAGUGGCAGAUAUAGUAAUUUUGCAAAGCAGCUCAAUGCCAAUGGCUUCAAGGUUUAUGGGAUGGAUUGGGUUGGGCAUGGUGGAAGUGAUGGGAUGCAUGCUUAUGUCCAUUCUCUUGAUGAUGCUGUUUCUGAUAUGAAAGUAUUUCUUGAGAAGAUUCUAACAGAAAAUCCUGGGCUUCCAUGUUUCUGCUUUGGACACUCAACGGGUGCAGCCAUUACUCUUAAGGCACUGCUUGAUCCAGAGGUUGAAGCGCGCAUAGCUGGUGCCGUAUUGACGUCACCAGCAGUUGGAGUUGCACCUUCUCAUCCAAUUUUGUUGGUACUUGCCCCCAUAGUUUCAUUUUUGCUGCCAACAUAUCAAUUUAGUUCUGCAUAUAAGAAGGGGUUGCCAGUGUCUCGAGACCCAGAGGCACUAAUUGCUAAAUAUUCUGAUCCGUUAGUAUGUACUGGACCUCUUAGAGUACGUACUGGCCAUGAAAUUCUCAGAAUUACAAGCUACUUGCAGCAAAAUCUGAGAAAAUUGAGAGUUCCAUUUUUUGUUCUCCAUGGCACUGCUGAUUCUGUAACUGAUCCCGAUGCUUCUCAAAAAUUGUAUGAAGAAGCCUCCUCAUCUGACAAAACUAUCAAACUAUAUGAUGGCUACUUACAUGACCUGCUCUUCGAACCUGAACGAGAUGCUAUCACACAGGACAUACUUCAAUGGUUGAAUAGUAGAGUAUGAGGUUUGGUAGUGCAGUGGGUGAAAAUAUCAUGAAAUUUUUCAACCAAUGAAAAUUGAAGAAGCAUCUUAUCCUAGUGAACAAUUUCAUGGGUUAUCCUCCUCUCUGUGUAGAGGAAAGAAAAUUGAAGCUGAAGCUACUAUAAGAUCGAGGCAUAAAAAUGUUGAAAUCCUAAACCAAUUAUCAGCUCCAUUUAGAGUUAGGCAGAGAUUUGACACUUUCUCCAAUCCAGUUAUCAAUAGAGCACAGCAAAAAUCCACAAUUCAAUUAGGCCCUUUGGCCUUUAGCUUGUAUGACCUUUUCUGAUCCCCCUCCCUCUUUGGUCAUUUUUGCUGCUAUGAAACGAGCUUUUAUAUUCAAAACAUAAGUGAAGGAUGAAAGCCAAACAUGAGCACCAUUUGAAAUUAUUUCCGACAUUGUAAGUAAAAUUCAUCUAAUUAAUUCUAGU